UCGCUUCACUCCGCUCUCGGUCGAGAAGCCAUGGCGGAUCAUAUCCUUCAGAUCGUCUACCCCUGCCUCCCGGAGUCCCCGUUCCCGGCCCUGGACCCGGAUUUCGACAAGCCCUCAUACUCCUCCGACGCUGCCGGCGGCGGCGAGGACCGAAUCAGCGCGCUCCCCGACGACCUGCUGCGCAACAUCUUCUCCCGCCUCCGCGUCAAGGACGCCGGCCGCGCCGCAGCGACCUCCCCGCGCUGGCGCGACGUCUGGCGCUCCACCCCCUGCGCCCUCGAAGACCGCCACCUCAUCCGGCGGGUGGACCUCGAAGACGGCAUCGACUGGAGCGCCCUCGCCGCCGCCGUCUCGCGCGUCCUCGUCGCGCACCCGGGCCCCUUCCGCUGGGUCCAUCUCACCUGGAACUUCAUGAGCUCCCAGGAGGAAGCGCUCGCCAAGUGGCUCCGCCUCUUCGCCGCCAAGGGCGUCGAGAACCUCGUCCUCGUCAACCGCCCCUGGCCCCUCGACGUGGCCCUGCCGGCGUCCAUCCUCCGCUGCUCCGCGCUCCGCCGCCUCUACAUCGGCGUUUGGCACUUCCCGGACACCUCUCGCCGCACCGUGCCCCCACGCGGCCCCGACGUCUUCCCGCACCUCCAGGAGCUCGGGAUCUGCCACACCAUCAUGGGCGAGCGCGACCUCGACUACCUCCUCGCCUGCAGCCCUCAGCUCAAGAUCCUCUCCUUCAAUGUCAGCUACGGCUUCCCGUCGCGCCUCGAGAUCAGCAGCCGCAGCCUCUGCUGCAUGCUGCUCUGGUUCUCCAUGGCGGAGGAGCUCGCCAUGGUCGACACCCCACGUCUGCAGCGGCUGAUCAUCUACACCCCUGGAGCGGGACAAACGCUCAGGGUCAAGAUUGGACAUGCGCCUCAGCUCACCGUGCUCGGCUACCUGGAGACGGCCGCACACGUGCUUGAGAUCGGCAACACCGUCAUCACGGCUGGGGUACCAAAUGUGAGUCCACAUACUAUGGUUCCAAGUGUCAAGGUGCUGGCUUUGAAGGUCAAUUUCGCAGUCACCAGUGAAGUGAAAACCAUGCUCCGUUUCUUGAGAUGCUUUCCCCAAGUCGAGACGCUGCACGUUAUGAUGAUCUGUCAAGCUGAAGGAAGAGGCGGGGACAAGAGUGAUGACAGUGAAGAAGAGAACAAGGAGGAGAAUCACGACGACAACAGUGAUGACAGUGAUGAAGAGAACGAGGAGGAGAACCACGACGGCAACAGUGAUGACAAUGAUGAAGAGAACGAAGAGGAGAACCACGAUGCCAACACCACUGCGGCGGCUGAAGCUAGUGCCCAGCUCUCCAAGUUCUGGCAGGAGGUCGAUCCGAUUGAAUGCGUGGAGGCGCACAUCAAGAAGGUGGUGCUGUGUUCCAGUUCAGCUCGGGGGCCAACGAGCUUGAAUUCCUCAAGUUGGUUCUUGAGAGAGGACUGAUGAUGGAGAAUGCUGUGGUGGUGCUUGCUGGUUUGAAGGAUGCUCCUAACGCGCCUGCAACCGUGGGCAAACUCCAGUCGUUGGCUUCCACCGCGAAGUUGGCUGCGGAGCGGUGCGCACUGGAGAUUCUUGCACGUCCACGAGGCUCUUGGACCUACCGCAGAGCGUCUGAUCUUUCUGUGAGCGACCCCUUUCCUGGUUAAGGUAAUGCAGCGAUGGUGCCUGAGCAGCUAGAGCAUCGAUCAUUUUGGAUGAAUUUAACAACUUACCAGGAGUGUUGAAGUAGCAGCAGCUAUGCAAAACACUUGUAUGGCUUCUAUGUUUGCAGUUAUCUGCAUUCGAUGCGACUUGCUAAUAGCCAUUUUGUGGCUGCGUGUUUUGGCAACUGUGGCCUGACUUUGUUUAUGCUACAAUCUCGCAACUUUUGUUUAUGCUUGCUUGAUGCUGUCGGGGAGUGAAACAUUGAUACUAGCUACAGGCUCCUUAGUAAAUCUUCCUUUUGCUUACAAUC